AUGGAUGCCAGCCGUGUGCAGCCUAUCAGGUUGACCAGGGUCACCAAGGUCCUGGGCAGGACCGGUUCUCAGGGACGGUGCACGCAGGUGCACGUGGAAUUUAUGGACGACAGGAGCCGCUCCAUCAUCCGCAACGUAAAAGGCCCCGUGCGCAAGGGCGACGUGCAGACCCUGCUGGAGUCUGAGCGAGAGGCCUGGAGGUUGUGCUGA